CACUAUCUUGUUUCAAACGCGGUGCCAGCUCACAAGUCUUCCCAAGACGAGAAAAAUUUACUCUUCAAAAGUCUUCUUCUCUUCUCACUUCACUCCCCACACACAGCAAUGGCAGAGAUUGGGCAAAAGACUCUGCUUGACUCGGGAUGGCUCGCCGCCAGAUCCACCGACGUUCAACUCACCGGAACUCAGCUCACCACCACUUAUCCCCCAACUAGCCCAACCUCUCCCUGGAUGGAAGCUGUCGUUCCUGGAACUGUUUUGGCAACUCUAGUAGAGAACAAAGUUGUUGGUGAUCCCUUUUACGGUUUGGAGAACGAGACGAUCCUUGAUAUAGCUGAUUCUGGAAGGGAGUACUACACAUUCUGGUUUUUCACAAAAUUCCAGUGUAAGCUGUCAGGAGCUCAGCAUUUAGAUCUGAAUUUUCGUGCAAUCAAUUACUCUGCUGAGGUAUACUUAAAUGGGCACAAAAGGGUCCUCCCUAAAGGGAUGUUUCGAAGACAUUCCCUUGAAGUCACUGAUAUCCUAAAUCCUGAUGGUUCAAACUUGCUGGCUGUUCUCGUUCACCCUCCGGACCAUCCUGGGAGCAUUCCCCCUGCGGGUGGGCAAGGUGGGGAUCAUGAGAUUGGAAAAGAUGUUGCCACACAAUAUGUUGAGGGCUGGGAUUGGAUAGCUCCAGUGAGGGAUCGGAACACUGGUAUCUGGGAUGAAGUCUCAAUAUCUGUUACCGGGCCGGUGAAAAUAAUUGAUCCACACUUAGUUUCUUCGUUUUUUGACCGUUACACAAGGGUAUACUUGCAUGCAACAACUGAAUUGGAAAACAGAAGUUCUUGGGUUGCUGAAUGUUCUUUAAAUAUCCAAGUGACAACAGAACUUGAAGGAAGUGUUUGCUUAAUGGAGCAUCUUAAGACUCAGCAUGUUUCAAUCCCUCCUAGAGCUCGUAUUCAGUAUACAUUUCCUCAGCUUUUCUUCUACAAGCCCAACUUAUGGUGGCCAAAUGGAAUGGGAAAGCAGUCUCUGUAUAAUGUCAGUAUUACUGUUGAUGUGAAGGGACACGGAGAAUCUGAUUCUUGGGGCCAACUAUUUGGUUUUCGCAAAAUUGAAUCUCAUAUAGACAGUGCUACUGGAGGGAGGUUGUUCAAGGUGAAUGGACAGCCUAUUUUUAUCCGCGGUGGUAACUGGAUAUUGUCUGAUUGCUUGCUUCGGCUUUCUAAGGAGCGUUAUAAAACAGACAUAAAAUUUCAUGCAGAUAUGAAUCUGAACAUGAUUCGUUGUUGGGGUGGUGGGUUGGCCGAGAGGCCAGAAUUUUAUCAUUAUUGUGAUGUUUAUGGUUUGCUGGUAUGGCAGGAGUUUUGGAUUACUGGUGAUGUUGAUGGUAGAGGUGUCCCAGUAUCAAAUCCAAAUGGCCCACUUGACCAUGAUCUUUUCAUGCUAUGUGCCAGAGAUACUGUCAAGCUUUUAAGGAAUCACCCUAGUCUUGCUCUCUGGGUUGGUGGAAACGAACAGGUUCCACCGGCUGAUAUCAACACGGCUCUCAAGAAUGACCUGAAACUGCAUCCAUUUUUCGAGAGCCAGAGUGAAUAUAUAACGUCUGUGGAAGGAUUGUCCACAGCAUACAAGGACCCUAGUCAAUAUCUGGAUGGCACACGUGUUUAUAUCCAAGGAUCCAUGUGGGAUGGCUUUGCUAAUGGAAAGGGAGGCUUUACUGAUGGCCCUUAUGAAAUCCAGAAUCCCGAAGACCCUUUUAAGGAUAACUUUUACAAAUAUGGUUUCAACCCUGAGGUUGGUUCUGUAGGAAUUCCAGUUGCAGCUACCAUCAGAGCAACCAUGCCUUGUGAAGGUUGGCAAAUUCCAUUGUUUAAGAAGCUUCCCAAUGGUUACACUGAAGAAGUUCCAAAUCCUAUUUGGCAAUACCACAAAUAUCUUCCUUACUCGAAACCUGGGAAGGUUCAUGAUCAGAUUGAACUGUAUGGAACCCCAGAGGAUCUGGAUGAUUUUUGCUUGAAGGCUCAACUUGUUAAUUACAUUCAGUAUAGAGCUUUAUUGGAGGGUUGGACAUCCCGUAUGUGGAGCAAAUACACUGGAGUUUUGAUUUGGAAGACGCAGAACCCAUGGACAGGUCUUCGUGGUCAAUUUUAUGAUCACCUGUUAGACCAGACAGCCGGUUUUUUUGGUUGUCGCUGUGCUGCGGAGCCAAUCCAUGUCCAGCUCAAUCUUGCUACAUAUUUUAUAGAGGUUGUCAAUACUACUGCCGAGGAAUUGUCAAAUGUCGCUAUAGAAGCAUCAGUGUGGGAUCUUGAAGGAGCUUGUCCGUAUUACAAAGUUUUUGAUAAGCUUUCCUUGCCACCGAAGAAAGUAGUUUCCAUUAGUGAGAUGAAGUAUCCAAAGUCAAAAAACCCGAAGCCAGUGUUCUUUCUCCUUCUCAAACUCUACCACGUUUCAAAUUACAGCAUUGUAUCCCGAAACUUUUACUGGUUACAUGUUUCUGGUGGAGAUUACAAGCUGCUGGAACCAUACAGGAACAAGAGAAUACCUCUUAAGAUAACAUCAAAGACAUUCAUCAAAGGUUCCUCGUAUGAAGUCGAAAUGAAGGUGCUAAACAAAUCGAAGAAACCUGAUCCCAAAACUUUAACCUACAAGAACAAUUUUGCUGUCAGAAACGAUGAUUCAGAUUUUGAUAUGACUUCACUCAAACCUAUACCAGACACCAGAACUGAUCUGAAACAGCCAACGGGUUUGUUUCAGAGACUAUAUAGACAAUUUUCAAGAGAAAGUGAUAGUUUAAGAGUUGCAGAGAUAAAUGGAAGUGAUGGAGGAGUUGCUUUCUUCCUUAAUUUCUCGGUUCAUGGUGCAAAGCUGGAACAUGAAGAAGGAGAAGACAGUCGAAUACUUCCGGUUCAUUACUCGGAUAACUAUUUUUCAUUAGUACCAGGUGAAGAGAUGUCAAUUAAGAUAUCAUUCAAGGUCCCUCCAGGUGUGUCUCCAAGAGUAACACUUAGAGGCUGGAAUUACCAUCAUGGAGUGCACACUGUUCUUUAACUUGAUUGAAUGAUUCUGGUUACUCGGUAUCUCAUAUUUGGUGAAAGAAACCCAUUUCUGAUUUGUUAUAUCUAAAAUUCUUUUUCAAGUUGUGUUAUUUUUCGCAUUUAUUUCAUAUUGAUGCACUAGUCACUGUAGUAUUAUACAUCAUUUAAAUAUGAUUACACAAAUCUGGAGUUUAUUAUGACAUUUCCAUUUUUUUUA